AACAUUGGACACACGGAAGCGGCUUCCGGUAUGGCAUCGCUGGUCAAGUGUUUGCUAUCAUUUGAAAACCAGUGCAUACCAGCCAAUCUGCAUCUCCAGAAAAUCAAGUCCAGUAUCGCGGAUAUGUGUCCACCUUUACAGCCGAUCAAUGAUAACUAUGACUAUACUCCCGGUAUAGCAGCACUCAAUAACUUUGGUUUAGGCGGUGUCAACGGUCACGUAAUACUUGAGCCAAACUAUAGGACACUAGUGGAUGAUAAUAAUAAUAGUCUAGAAAUAGCUACCGAUUCAUAUCCAAGAAUAGUAAACAUUUGUUGCCGAACUCUUGAUGGACUGAAUCGAUUGUUUGAUUUUAUUGAAAAUAAUCCGCAAAAGAUUACCAAAGAUUUUCUGGCUCUCUUGACUGAUACCAUGAAGUCGAGACCUAAUCUUAAGUCAUCGGGAUUUCCAUACAGAGGCACAUUAAUCAUCAAACAGAUGAUGGCCACUGUUGAGGAUAAUGAUGUUAGCAGUGGUGGACAACAACAACUGGUGAGCCGUACAUAUAAGAGACAGUGGACACAGUUUACAAGUAAGUCGACAAAACCACUUUGGUUUCUAUUACCCGGUUUGGGUGGCCAAUGGUCGGCAAUGGCCCGGGCGUUGAUGCCGAUCAACAUAUUUGCCCAAAAGAUUGACGAAUGUCAUGAAAUUCUUUCGGAAUACGGAAUCAAUUUGAAGACUCUGUUGUUAAAUGACUCGCAAAAUCAGAUGACAACAAUGACCAACAAAUUUUGUGCCACAACUGCUCUGCAAAUAGCAAUGAUCGAUGUCUUACACCGGCUGGACAUCACUGCCGACGGUCUAAUUGGCCAUUCGUUUGGCGAGAUUGCCUGCGCCUACGCCGACGGCUGUAUUACAGCCAAAGAGGCUCUACUGGUUACCUAUAUUCGUGGACAGGUUACCGAAAAUGAUCGAAACAUACCGAAAGGUUUGAUGGCAGUGGUGGGUAUGUCUUGGAUGGAAACCAAAAAAUUGUGUCCUAAAGGUGUUCACGUGGUCUGCAAUAACUCGGACAAUGCUGUAGUUGUUUCUGGUCUAUACAAAGAAGUAAAACAAUUUACCGAAGACUUAGCCAAACGAAAUAUAUUUGUACGCGAAUUGGAAAGCAAUUACAUUCCCUAUCACAGCAAAUAUCUCAAAUCUUCGGCACCGAAGAUGACCGAAAUGAUUGCCAAAGUUAUUACUUCGCCAAAAAAGCGAUCAAAGACAUGGAUAUCAACUGCCAUUGACGACCAGUUGUCAUCUGACGACAACGAGGCUCUCAAGUUUGCAUCGGCCGAGUAUUUUGUACACAAUUUGGUCAGUCCGGUCUAUUUCAUUAACAAAUUGAAGACACAAGUGCCCAACGAUGCCAUUAUCAUCGAAAUAGGUCCACAUUCGCUGUUUGCCAAAAUUGUGGCCAAAACACUUGAAAACAGUACAUAUAUGUCACUAAUCAAGAAAGACCAAAACGACAGUAAUUGUGAAACAUUUUUGUCGACAAUCGGCAAACUAUACGAAUUGGGUUUCAAUCCGGCCAUUGAACACCUGUAUCCACGGGUUGAGUGGCCAGUGGCCCGAAAUACUCAAUCGAUUAGCUCAUUGAUUCGUUGGGAUCACUCGGAAUCGUUUCUCGUUAAGAAAUAUCCCGAUUACUACUUUAACUAUACGGCCGGCGAUAUGAACAUACAGUUUGAUAUGUCGCGCGAUAUGAAAUCAUAUCUAACCGACCACUGUAUCGACGGUUCAGCGAUAUUUCCGGCCACCGGUUAUCUAAUGCUGGCCUGGCGUCAGUUGGCCGCAUCGCGCGGCAAAAUAUGGAAUCAAUUGCCGGUUGUUUUCGAGGAAACACAGUUCCGACGGGCGGUCUUUCUGUCGCAAACCGAACCGACAAAACUGAAAGUUAGAUUUCACGACAUAUCUGGAGAAUUUGCAAUAUUGGAAAACAAUUCAGUUGUAUGUCUGGGUCGAUGCUAUUCACCGGACGACUGUCCACUAAGAAUACAGAAUAUAUUUCACGAACAAAACAUUGAUAAGGAACUGGAGUCUGGUGUGACACUCGAUGCCGACGACAUCUACAAGGAAUUGGGUGUCAAAGGCUACGACUAUGGACCGACUUUUCGCCGAUUGCGACAAUUUUGUAGCGACUCUGAUGGCAGCAAAUUGUACGGCAAAGUUGAAUGGGACGGCAAUUGGAUAACAUUUUUGGACGCAUUGUUUCAGACAAUGGCGCUGACAGUGCCGUCCAGAGAGCUGAUGGUUCCCGUUAUGAUAUCAUCGCUCAGAUGCGAUCCCAAAGUUUUUUUCAGUGCCAUUUCGGACGCAAACAUUGUCGAUGAAAAUGUAUCGAAAGUAAUCGGCGCUGAAGAUAGAGAAGAGAUAAUUGUCACAAAAACCAAACAAGAAGUCGAUAUCUUUUCGGAGACAACAACCGCUGAACUGUUGGAAACGUUUAUUGAUUCAAGCUUUCAUAAAUACAAAUCAAUGAUGUCUUUCUAUUGUGAUGUCAACUCCAAGAUUAUUGUAACCAAUGGUCUGGAAGUGGAAGAUCUGAUAGCUGUUCCCAUAUCGCGUAAGAAUGUAUCAGUCAAUGAUCUAAAACUAGAGUCCUAUCAGUUCAUAGCCAACGAUGAAUCGCAAGCCAUCGAUGACCACCAGAAAGAGUUUGCCAUCAAUUAUCUUAAUGUGUGUCUAUCGAUGGCUAAUAAAAUAAUUAUCGAUAAAUUUGAUAAAGAUGUCAAAGAUGAAUAUAUAUUGUUGAAUAUAUUCAAACAUUUAUUGAAACUAUUGACGGAUCAAAAAAAUUCAGAUAAUAUUAAUAAUAUUGAUAGCGAUUUGAUUAACAAAUCGAUUAGCGAUUUAUAUACAAAACCAGAAUUUGAUUUAAACAACGAUUUGGUGAAUCAGUUGCCAAAAUGUGAACGAUUUCUUCGGCCACUACUCGACAUUGUCUGCGAAAAUAUUGUACCAAAAAAAGAGAUCAAAGUUCUUGAACUAAGCGCCAAUGUUAGCGGUUUGAUGGCCCAAGAGAUUGAUACAUAUCUGGCUUCGGCCGCCAUCUUUCCCAUUGAUGUUGACUAUAAUAUAGCUACAAAAUCGGUGGAUCAAUUACCAGAUAAAUUCAAGACAAAUAAAUUAUUCAAACAAUCAUACGAAUGGAAUUACCGGAAGAAUGACUUUCCAGUUGAUAGUCUUCAGUCGUCAUUUGAUUUGAUUGUUUUGCGCGACACUCAAGAGCUGUGGCCAUCGGUCGACCUGAAGAAACAAUUGCAUGAUAUGUAUGAAUCGUUGAACAACAACAACAACAACAGGUCAUUCUUGUUGAUUAUUUUGAGAGAUAACUAUACGGCACCGGAAUUGGCCUUAAGUCAGAUGAAUGGCAAGAAAUUUGCCGACAAAACAGCUCUUCGUCAACGAAUCGACAGUUUUGUUACAAUUGGCAAAUCAAUUGGUUUAUCACUGGUUUGUCGCAAAAGUGAUUCAAUCGGUUCAAUGGGUUUACUGUUUAGAAAAACAACUGUUUGUGAUUCUUCUGGUAGUUAUGAUAAGCAAAAUAUCAAUUUUAUUCAAAUCGACGAAAAUUGUUACGAAAAUUGGUUUGAAUUAGUUAAACAAAAGUUGUGUGAACUCAAAGAGAUUACCAAUGAAUCAGAUACGACAAAGUUGUGGUUAGUUAGCAUCGGCAGCGAUAAACCGUCGAAGAAUGGCCUAAUAGGUCUGGCAAAUAGUUUGCGGUUAGAACCGGGCGGCGACCGAAUCCGAUGUAUAUUUGAUUUUGAUAAUUGUCUACAAUUGCCACUACUAAAUAACCACUGUCCACUGGUUGCCGAUAUAUUGACCAACGAGUUGAUUAUCAAUGUGAUUAGCAACGGAAAAGUUGGUACAUAUAGACACUUAAAUUUACCGAAAGAUUACGACCAAUUGGUAACUCACGACUACUUUUUAAAUGUGGCCAAAAACAAUAAGGACUUGUCGUCCAUUCAAUGGUUUGCGGCCAACAAUUUGUUUACAACCGAAAUCAACUACGAUAUGAACAACCAGUCAUACAAACAGAUCAGAUGCCGUAUCUAUAGUUCUGGUCUUAAUUUCAAAGAUGUUAUGUUUGCCACUGGCCGUAUAAUGUCGGGUCCAGAAUCCUUGUUCACCGACAAUGCAAUCGGUUUCGAGUUUGCCGGUCGACGUAACGACUCGGGUCAACGUGUUUGCGGUUUCGGUGUCAGUCGAUGUAUGGCAUCAUUUGUCGACACCAGUGACCAAUUGGUUACACCAAUACCCGAUCAUUGGUCAAUGGACGAAGCGGUAACAGUACUGAGCACAUACAUUACUGUCUGGUACGGACUUAUCGAAAGGGCACAACUCAGGCAAAACGAAAGCAUUUUGAUUCAUUCGGGUGCCGGCGGUGUAGGACAGGCAGCCAUUGCCGUCUGCCAGCACUACAAUUGCGAUAUCUAUACUACAGUUGGCAAUGAAGAAAAGCGUCGAUUCCUGAUUGAUAGAUACAAAAUACCUGAGCAUAAGAUAUUCAACUCACGUGACAUACAAUUCAAGUAUCAGUUGUUGACGGCCACUAACGGCCGAGGAGUUAAUCUGGUACUCAAUUCGUUGACCGGCGACAAACUGGAGGCCAGUUUCCAGUGUGUAUCGAAAAACGGUCGUUUCGUUGAAAUCGGUAAAUACGACCUAAUUCUGAACAAACGAUUGGGUUUGUUUGCCUUUCUCAAGAACAUAUCGUUUGUCGGGGUUUCAGUGGAUCAGAUCAUAUCAGUUAUGCCCGACUAUUGCCAAAAGUUUUUCGAUUGGAUGCACCAAAACUCAGCCGUCGGCACGGGUUGUGUCCGACCAAUCAAUACGACUAUCUUUAGGGCAUCGGAAGCCGAUCAGGCGUUCCGCUAUAUGACUACUGGCAAACAUAUCGGGAAAUUAGUGAUUAAGAUUCGGGAUGAAGAGCCGCCAAAAACAACACCAAUGAUGACGGCGAGUCAACUAAUGAAUGAAACCCAAAAACUGAUGGUAACAGUGAAGACCUAUUUUAAUCCACAAAAAGUUUUUAUAAUUACUGGCGGUUUGGGUGGCUUUGGACUCGAGCUAAUCAAUUGGAUGGUAAAGAUGGGCGCAAAAAAGUUUGUGAUAACAUCCCGCAGUGGCAUUAAAACCAGUUAUCAACGAUUUCUCAUGAAUCGAUUGGACAGUUGGGGCCAAAAAUAUCGGGCACUCAAAACCGAUUUGGUUGUCGUCGAAAAUGCUGGUAAAACACUGGACGACAACAAAAAUCUUUUAGCGAAAGCACUUGAAUUGGGGCCAUUGGGUGGUGUUUUUCAUUUGGCACUUGUACUCAACGAUGGCCUACUAGAGAAUCAAACAUUGGAUCAGUUCGUGACUACCUGUGCGUCAAAAGUGAAUGCAUGCCAGCACUUAGAUCGCCUAACCCGUGAAAUGUCUAUCGAUUUGGACUAUUUUGUUGUCUUUUCGUCGGUCAGUUGUGGCAAAGGAAAUCCCGGCCAAACCAACUAUAGUUACGGCAAUUCUGUUGGCGAACGUCUAUGCGAACAGCGCCGUCGCGAUGGCCUACACGGACUGGCCAUACAGUGGGGACCAAUUGGCGACGUCGGAGUUAUCGCCGACACAGACAUUAACACAUCGUUUUCGGCAAUUGUCAAACAACGGAUCAACUCGUGUAUGGAAGUGUUGGACAAAUUUCUUCAGUGUCCGCAUCCUAUACUCUCCAGCACUGUAAGAGCCCAACGUAUCGCACAUGAAGGUACCCGAGAGUAUCGUAUUGUCGGCCAAAUAUGGAGCGCACUGGGCGUCGAUCCGGACACUACACCCGAUCACUUGACACUCGGCGAGAUUGGCAUCGAAUCAAUGUUUGCCAUUGAAUUACAACAGGGAUUGGAAAAAGAUUACGACAUCAAGAUAUCACUCAGUGAUGUCAAGUCUAUUACUGUCAAACAAAUGAAAGACUUUCAAAGUGGUAAAGUUGUUGAUCUUAAACAGUUUGCCGCCGAUAUCCGUGACGCCCGACACCGACUCAAUCGCAAACGAUUUAUAAUACCAUCCGAACCGUAUACACGACUCAAUACGGUUACCUCAGGUAAACCAUUGUAUUUGUUGCCACCAAUUGAGGGCAUAUUUUCAACGUUUGAAUCGUUGGCCAAAAAAAUUGAUCGUCCAGUCAUUGGACUGAAUUGGACCAAAGAUAUGGACGGUAUGACUUCCAUCAAUGAGAUGGCCACUCAUUUUACACAAGUAUUGCGCCAAUUGUCGCCCACCGGCUCCGGCGACUGGGACAUUAUCGGUCAUUUCUAUGGCGCUCUAGUGGCCAGCAAAAUGCUCCGAUCGUCGGCACCCAUAGGCCGGGCAGUUAUUAUUGAUAUACUUUCAAACACCCGAAUAGACGAGGAACUGAUGGCCAGCGACGAGAAUCUGUUUAAAAUUGUUUCAAAAUUUUUAUUUCACGAUAUGCCCGAAAAUGUCCGCCAGCGAAUCAGCCGUGAUCUGGACACUGUACCAGAUAUUGGCGAAAAACUUACCCGACUAUCGACUGAAAUCAAAGAUUUUGGCGGCAAAAGCUUGGUUUCCAAAGACUUGGAUCAGAUUCUGAAAAAUUCCUUCCGUCGGGCAAAACUAUUUACCGACUAUCGGAUCAAAUUGAGUCGCAAAUAUCAAAGAGUUCGGACAAAUGUUGGGAAAAAGUUUUACGAAAAACGGGGAAAAUUAUUGGUCAUUAAACCGUUUGAAGAUUUCGGCAAAGAUGAUAGCAAUAGUAAUAAUAAUAAUAAUAAUAAUCAUAAUAACAUUCAUUCAGAUAUUGAUGGCAUAUAUAACUCGUAUUUUAUAUCAAAAGAGGCAUCCGAUAUGAUGGACAUCCAAAAGUUAAGGGCAAAUCCCGAUGAAAUACUUAUUGAAAAUGUCGACAAAAUAGCGACACUAAUCAAUAAUUUUUUUAAAAAGAUAUAA